GGUGUGGACAGCGAAGGAUAUAUAAGUCUCGCCGCGUGCCCGCGUUAGCUUUGUUGGUUGUUUCUUCUUUCAACUGCGCUUGUUCGAGACGGACGUCACGAUCAUGUAUCAGAUUGGGAAUAUCUACGGUAUCACGGCUAUUGCCGUUAUUGGUGGUGGGUUGUUUGGGUUUGAUAUUAGUUCUAUGAGCGCUAUUUUACCGACUCAACAAUAUCGUUGCUACUUCAAUCAAGGACCAUUGGGUCCGCCUUUCACAGGGCCCGAGGAUGCUUGCUCUGGACCUAAGGCUGAUGUGCAGGGUGGUAUCACCGCAUCUAUGCCUGGCGGCUCCUUUGUUGGUGCUCUCCUAUCUGGAUAUCUGACUGAUAAGUUGGGUCGUCGUCGCGCGAUCCAGAUCGGCUGCGUCAUCUGGGUCAUCGGAUCGAUAAUUUCUUGUGCCGCCCAGAACAUUGCCAUGCUCAUUGUCGGUCGCUUUAUCAACGGUCUCUCUGUCGGUAUCUGCUCUGCCCAAGUCCCCGUCUACAUAUCCGAGCUAGCGCCUCCGUCUCGACGUGGUCGCGUUGUCGGAAGUCAACAGUGGUCUAUCACUUGGGGAAUACUCUUGAUGUUCUACAUCUCCUACGGCUGCACUUUCUUGGAUGGACCCAAAGCCUUCCGUAUCCCAUGGGCCCUGCAGAUGGUCCCCGCCAUUCUCCUUGGUUUCGGUCUCAUCUUUCUCCCGGAAUCCCCACGUUGGCUUGCUCGUCACGACCGCUGGGAAGAGACCCAGGCUGUUCUUGUCCUGGUUCACGGCAAGGGCGAUCCCAACAGCCCGUUUGUCAAGCUCGAAAUGGAUGAGAUUCGCCAGGCGAUUGAAUUCGAACGCCAGAACGCCGAUGUCACUUUUAUGGAGUUGUUCAAGCCCAAUAUGAUUAACCGCCUUCAUAUUGGCAUCUUUACCCAGAUCUGGUCCCAACUUACGGGAAUGAACGUUAUGAUGUACUAUAUCACAUACGUGUUCGGUAUGGCAGGUCUCAGUUCUAACGCCAAUCUAAUCGCCAGCUCCAUUCAAUACGUCAUCAACGUAGUCAUGACUGUACCCGCCCUCCUCUUCAUGGACCGCUGGGGCCGCCGCCCCAUGUUUGUCAUUGGCGCCACACUCAUGAUGGCGUGGAUGUUUGCCAACGCCGGCCUCAUGGCCUCGUACGGCAAGCCCGCUCCCCCUGGUGGCCUUAAUAACAUUGCCGAACAAUCCUGGGAAAUUGGCGGUGCCCCAGCCAAAGCCGUAAUUGCCUGCACCUACCUCUUUGUCGCUUCCUACGCCCCUACCUGGGGUCCAGCAUCGUGGGUCUACCCCCCUGAAAUCUUCCCUCUCCGUAUCCGCGGCAAAGCCGUUGCGCUGUCGACCUCUGCAAACUGGAUCUUCAACUUUGCACUAUCCUACUUUGUUCCCCCAGCCUUUGUCAAUAUCCAGUGGAAGGUUUACCUCAUCUUUGGCUGCUUCUGCGCUGCAAUGGCCAUCCAUACGUUUUUGCUUUUCCCAGAGACGGCCGGGAAGACGCUAGAGGAUGUAGAGGAGAUGUUUAUGACGAAGACCCCUGCGUACAGAACGAGGGUUGAGUAUAGUUCUACGAGGAACGCGGAGAGGGGACGGUUUGGGGAGAAGGGGGCGGGGCUGGAGCAAAGUCCGGAGAGGGUGGAGAAUGCUGAGGUAAAGGUUUAGGGGGUGUGCGGAAAUUCGAGACUAGGAGGAUGUGGGAUGAGGAGGUGGAUGGUGCCCUAUGGUCGAGAUGACUUCGAGUCUGGCUGAUAAUACCCAAUCGUACUGUUUUAUAAA